AUGUUCGGAUUAGGUGGUGCUGCUCCUCAAAUUUCAUCUCAACAAAAGUUACAAGCUGCUGAGGCUGAAUUAGACAUGGUUACUGGUAUGUUCAACCAAUUGGUCGAACAAUGCCAUUCCAAAUGUAUCAACAAAACCUAUAACGACUCAGAAGUAUCCAAACAGGAAGCUCUUUGUUUAGAUAGAUGUGUUGCUAAAUACUUUGAAACCAAUGUCCAAGUUGGUGAACAUAUGCAAAAAAUGGGUCAAUCUGGUCAAUUUAUGGGUAGACAAUAG